GAGUAGGGGUGAAGUCUACUGCUUCUGGUUCCGGGACAGCUGCACUAUCCUUCGCAGACGGGCGAGAUGUUGACCCGACUCUUGCGGUUCGGGCCCGCUGUGCCCCGGUUAAUCUCAAAUCACCCAGCCCGGUUCGUGUCUCAGUCGAAGCCGAGCGGUGCUGCCGGUACGGCCGCUGUGACGGAGCUGCACCCCGCGGUGGACCAGGGUGGACACGGAGAGGCCGACCCGUACGUCAAGAAUCCAGACUACCAUGGCUUCUCCAGCGACCCCGUGGUCGACCUGUGGAACAUGCGGACGGUCUUCUUCUGUGGGAUCUCCGUGGCUCUCGUUAUUGGAGGAACAUUUCUCGCCUAUUUACCGGACAACGGAGCGUGGUCCAGAAGGGAAGCCGAGCGUCUGAUUGUGCAGAGAGAGGCCGAUGGUCUUCCUCUUAUCGGUGAGAACUACUACGACCCAAGCAAGAUCGUCCUGCCCACAGCUGGAGAGGAGUAAAGCGCCCAGCCUGCACUCACUGUAUUCAUAAUUAUUGUAUUUCACCAUGAGAGAAUAAAUGAUGUACUUGUUUAAUUGUGUAA